GGAUGUGGUUUUUUUUGUAGGUGGAGAAACCAUCAAGAGUAUUAACCAGCAGUCUGGGGCUCACGUGGAGCUGCAGAGGAACCCUCCCCCCUCCACCGACCCCAACACCCGGGUCUUCACCAUCAGAGGCACCGCCCAGCAGAUGGACCUGGCACGCCAGCUCAUAGACGACAAGAUCGGGGGCUCGGGCAUCAUGAGUAACGGAGGUUUUGGCUUCAGUCCCUUCACCCAGGGCCCCGCUACACACCAGAACUGUGGCAGUGGUCAGACCUUCCUGACUGGCGUUUGGGGAAACACCUACCAGACCAGCUGGCAGAACCCUGGACAACAAGACCCCGGUAACACACACACCCCUACCCACUGUACAUAACAACACACACACACA